AUGAAAGCCAUGGGUUUGAAUACUACCCACGAGCUACUCGAUUAUUACUGGAGGACACUGUUUGGACUUAUCGACAAGGCACGCCCUGGAACAAAAAAGAUCGUCUGGCAGGAAGUGCUCGAUUUGAACGUCAAUGUUUCGGAUGCCAUCGCUCAUGUCUGGAAGGGAAACACUGUGGAAGUGGUCAGAGAAGAAAUGGCAAACGUAACUGCGGCCGGGCACUACGCUAUUCUGUACCUCGACCUGAUCAAAUACGGAGUCGACUGGAAAACCUACUACGAUUGUGAUCCUACUGACUUCCCUGGUACCGACAAGCAGAAGGCACGCGUUUUGGGAGGCGAAGCUGCUCUAUGGGGAGAAUACGUGGACGGGACAAAUUUCAUGACUCGCAUGUGGCCCCGUGCGUCUGCCGUGGCUGAACGACUGUGGUCAGAUCCGGCACAGACGAAAUCACACGAUGAUGCAUGGCCACGUCUUCAUGAGUUCCGAUGCAGAAUGAUGAACCGAGGAUUUGCUGCCGCACCGCCAAACGCCCCUGAUUAUUGCCCGUUUGAGUGGGAUCCUAUUUAUAAGGAACUAUAA